AUGGGGACACCCACCAGGAAGAAGCCAUGCCUGCUGCUGCUGCUGCCCACUGUGGUCCUUGUCUCCUCUCCAGCUUGGAGUUCCGCCUGGGGAUCCCCAGCCACCUUCGGGCCUGUCUUUGAAGACCAGCCCCUUGGCCUCCUAUUCCCAGAGGAGUCCACAGAGGAGCAGGUGACACUGGUGUGUCGUGCCAGGGCCAGCCCUCCAGCCACCUACAGGUGGAAAAUGAAUGGCACUGAGAUGAAGCUAGAACCUGGGUCCCGUCACCAGCUGGUGGGCGGCAACCUGGUCAUCUCCAGCCCCACCAAGGCCCAGGAUGCCGGUGUCUACCAGUGCUUGGCUUCAAACCCAGUGGGGACUGUCGUCAGCAGGGAGGCUGUCCUCCGCUUUGGCUUUCUGCAGGAAUUCUCCAAGGAGGAGCGAGACCCCGUGAAAACCCACGAAGGCUGGGGAGUGAUGCUGCCCUGUAACCCACCUGCCCACUACCCAGGCUUGUCCUACCGCUGGCUCCUCAACGAAUUCCCCAACUUCAUCCCAACGGAUGGGCGUCACUUCGUGUCCCAGACCACAGGGAACCUGUACAUUGCCCGGACCAAUGCUUCAGACCUGGGCAACUAUUCUUGUUUGGCCACCAGCCACAUGGACUUCUCCACCAAGAGCGUCUUCAGCAAGUUCGCACAGCUCAACCUGGCUGCUGAAGAUCCCCGGCUCUUUGCACCCAGCAUCAAGGCACGGUUCCCCUCAGAGACCUACGCGCUAGUGGGGCAGCAGGUCACCCUGGAGUGCUUCGCCUUUGGGAACCCUGUCCCCAAGAUCAAGUGGCGCAAAGUGGAUGGCACCUUGUCUCCCCAGUGGGCCACCGAGGAGCCCACCCUGCAGAUCCCCAGUGUGAGCUUUGAGGACGAGGGUACCUAUGAGUGUGAAGCGGAGAACUCCAAGGGCCGAGACACUGUUCAGGGCCGGAUCAUCGUGCAGGCUCAGCCUGAGUGGCUCAAAGUGAUCUCAGACACUGAGGCUGACAUUGGCUCCAACCUGCGUUGGGGCUGUGCAGCUGCAGGCAAGCCCCGGCCCAUGGUGCACUGGCUGCGGAAUGGGGAGCCUCUGGCCUCCCAGAACCGAGUGGAGGUGUUGGCGGGGGAUCUGCGGUUCUCUAAAUUGAGCCUGGAUGACUCUGGAAUGUACCAGUGUGUGGCAGAGAAUAAGCAUGGCACCAUCUAUGCCAGUGCCGAGCUGGCUGUACAAGCACUGGCCCCCGACUUCAGGCAGAACCCUGUGAGGCGCCUGAUCCCUGCGGCUCGUGGGGGAGAGGUCACUAUCCCCUGCCAGCCCCGGGCAGCUCCUAAGGCCACAGUGCUCUGGAGCAAAGGCACGGAGAUUUUGGUCAACAGUAGCAGGGUGACCGUGACUCCGGAUGGCACCUUGAUUAUUAGAAAUAUCAGUCGCUCCGAUGAAGGCAAAUACACCUGCUUUGCUGAGAAUUUCGUGGGCAAGGCCAACAGCACUGGCGUCCUGUCUGUGCGCGAUGCAACCAAGAUCACUCUAGCACCCUCAAGUGCCGACAUCAACUUGGGUGACAAUCUGACCCUUCAGUGCCAUGCCUCCCAUGACCCCACCAUGGACCUCACCUUCACCUGGACUCUGGAUGACUUUCCCAUCGACUUUGAUAAGCCCGGGGGCCACUACCGGAGGGCCAGUGUGAAGGAGACUGUUGGGGACCUAACUAUCCUGAAUGCCCAGCUGCGCCAUGGAGGAAAGUACACAUGCAUGGCCCAGACAGUGGUGGACGGUGCAUCAAAGGAGGCCACGGUCCUGGUCCGAGGUCCGCCAGGUCCUCCAGGAGGUGUGGUGGUGAGGGACGUUGGUGACACCACUGUCCAGCUUAGUUGGAGCCGUGGCUUUGACCACCACAGCCCCAUUGCCAAGUACACACUGCAAGCUCGAACUCCCCCUGCAGGGAAAUGGAAGCAGGUUCGAACCAAUCCUGCAAACGUCGAGGGCAACGCUGAGACUGCUCAGGUGCUGGGCCUCACGCCUUGGAUGGACUACCAGUUCCGGGUCCUAGCCAGCAAUAUCCUGGGCACUGGGGAGCCCAGUGGGCCCUCUAGCAGAAUCCGGACCAAGGAAGCAGCUCCCUCGGUGGCACCCUCAGGACUCAGCGGAGGAGGCGGAGCCCCGGGAGAGCUCAUCGUCAACUGGACUCCCGUGUCACGGGAGUACCAGAAUGGAGAUGGCUUCGGCUACCUGCUGUCCUUCCGCAGGCAGGGCAGCACCGGCUGGCAGACCGCGCGCGUGCCCGGCGCCGACGCGCAGUACUUCGUCUACAGCAACGACAGCAUCCGGCCCUACACGCCCUUUGAGGUCAAGAUCCGCAGCUACAACCGCCGUGGGGAUGGGCCGGGCCUCACGGCGCUCGUGUACUCCGCGGAGGAAGAGCCCAGGGUGGCCCCGACCAAGGUCUGGGCCAAGGGAGUAUCAUCCUCAGAGAUGAAUGUGACCUGGGAACCGGUGAAUCAGGACAUGAAUGGUAUCCUCCUGGGGUAUGAGAUACGCUACUGGAAAGCUGGUGACAAAGAGGCAGCUGCUGACCGAGUGAGGACUGCAGGGCUGGACACCAUUGCCCGGGUCACUGGCCUGCACCCCAAUACCAAGUACCAUGUGACUGUGCGGGCCUACAACCGGGCAGGCACUGGGCCUGCCAGUCCUCCUGCCAACGCCACAACCACGAAACCCCCACCACAGAGACCUCCUGGCAACAUCUCCUGGACCUUCUCGAGCUCCAGUCUCAGCAUUAAGUGGGACCCUGUGGUCCCUCUCCGAAAUGAGUCUGUAAUCACUGGCUAUAAGAUGCUGUACCAGAAUGACUUACACCCAACCCCCACACUCCACCUCACCAGCAAGAACUGGAUAGAAAUCCCAGUACCUGAAGACAUUGGCCACGCCCUGGUGCAGAUUCGGACCACAGGGCCCGGAGGUGACGGGAUCCCAGCGGAAGUCCACAUCGUGAGGAAUGGAGGCACAAGCAUGAUGGUGGAGAACGCAGCAGCCCGGCCAGCCCCACAUUCCCGCCCCAUGCUCUCCCACUCCACGGUGAUGUUGCUUCUCCUAGGCUACCUGGAGCUCUGA